AUGUUUGCUAUUCCUCCUGGUAUGAAGGUUCUCAUUGUGGAUGAGGAAACAUUGGUGAUACUAAGUGUCGCCGUUGCCUUUUCGGAAAUCAUGGAGAAGGAUAUCUUUCUUGUUGAACGAAUCAAAUCCUCAAGAGAGUCGUUAAAUCAUCUUACUGGAGUAUACUUUGUUCGGCCUACCAGUGAGAAUGUGACAUUGAUAUCACAGGAGCUCAAGUCACCAAAAUAUGCUUCCUAUUUCUUAUUCUUCAGUCACGCUCUUUCAAAACAAUCACUCAAGCAGCUUGCAGAAGCUGAUAUUCACGAGGCUGUUGUGGAGGUUCAGGAGUAUUUUGUCGACUUUAUUGCGCUCUCACCGCAUCUCUUUGCGAUCGAACGACCUAUUUGUUUUGCCCCAGGAUUUGAUGUAGUUCCUGAGGUACUUUCACGCUCAUCCCAUGCUAUCACAGCUGUACUUCUUACUCUUCAGUGGUUGCCGCAAAUCCGAUACCAACAGUCCUCUGAUCAAUGCCGCGUUUUAGCCGAGUCUGUUCGGUCGUUUUGCUCUCGUGAGACCGAUUUGUUCGAUUUUCGAAAAUCAGACCGUGCUCCCGUUCUUCUAAUUAUUGAUAGACGUCUGGAUCAAAUCACACCUCUUCUCAUUCAGUGGACCUACGAAGCGAUGAUUCAUGAGCUGAUUGGAAUUAAGAAUAACCGUGUUGUUCUCCAUGCCUCUGGCGCUGCAGCAGAUAAAGCAUCGGAGUUGACUUUGUCUCGAGAAUUUGACGAUUUCUUUAAGACAAAUCAAUACGUCAAUUUUGGAGAGAUUGGUCAAGCCAUCAAGGACUUAGUUGCGAACUUUCAGAAAGUUACAAAAAAAGUGGAUGCGGAAAAUGCCAAAUCAAUUUCCGAUCUUAAAGGUUUGCUGGAAAACUAUCCUGACUUCCGAAAAGCUUCCGGAACUGUUGAGAUGCACGUUGCAAUCGUGUCAGAAUUAUCUCAAAUCGUAAAAAGUCGCUCGUUAUUGGAGAUAAGUGAAGUUGAGCAGGAGCUUGUUUGCCAAAAUUCUCAUUCUACCAGCUUUAAUAGGAUUCGUUCUCUGGUAUCGGAUUCCCGUAUUAAGAACGGUGAUGCUCUUCGUCUGGUCAUUUUAUAUUCUCUUCGUUAUGAGUUGAAUCUGCGAGAAAUUUCUAUGUUGUCUGCGGCUCUUAUCGAACGAGGUGUUCCCAAGGAUGAUGUUCGUGUGAUUGAGCACCUUAGCGACCAUCCAAGCAGUCAGAAACGUGUAGCUCCCUCCGACCUUCUUUCUGCGGUUCGAGAUGUCGGCUCUAGUCCCUCUGUCUCCACUGCCACAAAUGCUGUCGCCUCAAUCACCAAACGUUUCGUAAAAGGGCGAAAGAAUGUUGAGAAUGUCUAUACUCAACACGAACCUCUCAUAGUAGAUACCUUACGCGAAUUGAUUCAGGGUCAAUUGCAGGAGUCGGCCUUCCCAACGCUGGACUGUGGGCAGGGAAGUCCUUCCCCCUUGCCUGCGAAGAAAAUCAUUGUGUUUAUCCUUGGCGGCGCCACAUACGAAGAGUCACUUGCUGUCCAUAAAUUGAUGUCGUCUACGCCUGGACUGAACGUUAUACUCGGUGGUACUACUGUGCAUAAUUCGGAGUCAUUCUUGAAUCAGCUUCGCUUUGUUUUGCAUUCAGAGCUGCAAACAGAGGAUGUGGACACUAUUUUAGGUCCAAGAUCAACUCCAACUCGAUUCUCUACCUCUUUGAGCUUAUCCAAGUUGAAAAAGGCAUCAUCUAGUAAAAAUGCGCGUACUCUGCUGACAAACUCUUAUUCAUCCUUCCGCCAGCCCUUGCGAUGUCGCCAUAUCCCUUCCCCGGGUACUCUGGAACAGCGCUUAUUCCGGGAAGUUACAAAGCCUUUGUAUCGACAGCCAACGCUCAGUCGUCAGGAAAGGUUUAUCAUCGUUAAAGAGGAAACUCAAGAAAGAAUCAAUAAAAACCCUUAUCGAAGUUUUCUCAUCAGAAAGGCAAAAACCGAUUUCUAUGACAAGGCUGAUGGGCGCAUGGUGCUCAUCUUUCAGCCACUCUUCUGUUUCCCUUGGGAGCUAAUGCCGAUUAGAAACCAACUUUUUGAGAACGGACUAAAGUUUCGGCGAUUCCCCAUGGCUAUUUUGAGAGAAGCCGCCAGAGGAACAAAGUGGCAACUUUUUGUGGACACGGUACUUAAUGAGCCGAUUCCCAACCUCUAUCUUUUUGGUGAUGCCACUCCACAACUGUGUGCUACAGCCUUGUCCAUUACGGGUCGAACACGGUUCCUCGUUCUUCUUGGUAGGCUGUGCUUUGGUACCUCUCCUUCAAAAAAUGACAUUACUGUAAUCGUGCUCAUCGCUCAGUGCUAUCGUGGAAGCCUUAAAAUGCUACAUUUUGGAGAAUCGCUUAAUUUUUGCCUUGAGAACGAUAAACGGACGUUAUCAGUAAUAAAUGUAGUACGUAAGUGGGCGCGAGAAUGCCUGACAAACCAUAUCUUAAUUUGGUUUUACUCGUUUGAAGUUACUCGCCGACAUAUGAUUUUGCUUUUGCAACUGAAACACGUGGAAGAACUAGAUUGUGGAUGGCAUGACUGA